GCAACCAAAGUCUUUGGGAGCCAUUCAACAUCCUGAGUCAAAGUCAAUGAAGGUCGGCCAAUGUCUUCCCCUGCUCCUUUCUUCAUAGAACAGGAGAAGAGAAGAAUAGCCUUAAAAGCUCAUCUAUCUUUCGCCUACUCUCCUCACUGUUUUCAUUCCCAUUCAUUUUUCAAUUCUUUCCAGAGCUUGGCAAUCUCUUACUGAUUUCAUGGGUGGCAAUUGCAGCGGAUCAGUUUAUCAACAAAACACUCCAAAAAUCUUCACUUUCACCGAAGUCUGUUCAGCUACAAAAAAAUUCCGUCCUGAUCUCUUGGUAGAUGAACAAUGCUUUGCAAAAAUUUACAAAGGAACGCUCCAUCUCAAUAACCAGCUUGUUGCUGUAAAACAAUUUAAGCCAACUGAAGACAAAGAGCAAAACCACAAAGGCUUUCUUGUUGAGGUACUAAUGCUUAGCAAGCUGCGCCAUGAAAACAUUAUAAACCUCCUUGGCUACUGCCAGGUAGAGAACCAAAGGCUUCUAGUGUUGGAGAAGGCAGCAUUGCACUCUCUCAAAAACUAUCUUUUCAGCAGGUCUUCUUCUGCAAAAAGCAAAUCGUACUUCAAGCCAUUAGAUUGGACUGCUAGAAUUAAAAUUGCAUUAGGUGUGGCUAAAGGAUUAGAGUACCUUCACAACAAGGUUUCCCCCCCAGUUAUUCAUCGGGACCUUCAGACAUCCACUAUCAUGCUUGGGGAGGAUUUGACUCCAAAGAUCUCAAAUUUUGAACUUGCUAAGCUAGGUCCGAUGGGCGAUAGGAAGCAUAUCAUGACCAGUGUGGUAGGAACAGCUAAAUUUUAUGCACCAGAGUAUGUUAAACAGGGUCUGGUAUCAGUGAAGUUGGACGUUUAUAACUUCGGAAUAGUGUUGCUUGAGCUGAUCACAGGGAGAAGAGUUUCUGAAUUAAUUUGCAUAGAUACAGGACAUCAAUUAGCUUCUUGGGUGGAGGCCGUGGCGAAGGAUACCAAGAAGUCAAUUGACAUGGCAGAUCCAGAACUGAAUGGAGAAUUUCAGAUACAAGAAGUUAGUAAAAUGUUACAGCUCGCUGCAAUGUGCCUUCGAGAAGAGAGGGAUCAUCGGCCAUUGACAACUGAGGUUGUUGCUGUGCUCAGUUCACUCCUAGAUUCUUCAGCAGUUGAAAUUCAGAUUCAGCCUCAGGUUGCUAAGAAGCCACUAAAAUAGCUCUUUAGUCGGUCCCAACCGAAGUUCAGGAUCACAAACAGUCUUUGAUCUUCUUUUAACCCCUAGUUUUUUUAAAUAAACAUGAAUGUACUUUUUGAACCAUUUGAUGUCAGGGGAACUUCAAAAAGUCUUUUCUUAAGAAAUUUCCAUCUCAAAUAAGAGUUCUUUAUAUUGGCACCCAUAACUACAAUAAGAGAAUGUUUAUUUAAUGCAAUCCAAGUGUUCUGA